CUCAGUUAGACGCAAGUGAGCAAUCGAGGUCAUAUUUUUGGGCAUGCUGUCAGAUAACAAUGUAAUUAUAUAUAUAUAUAUCCAAGUUUACACUAAUGUGUAUGCUAAUUAUUUACAACCAUACGUAUAUAUCAUAUUAAUAAUAAUAACAACAAUAAUAAUUAUAACAUUGGUUGUUACUAUUAUGUUAUUAUUAUUAUUAUCAUUAUUAUUAUUAUUACUAUAAAACAGAUGAUAUUAUAAUCACACAUCCACACACAAACACACAAACAGAUGUUACGAAAGACAAAACAAAUCAACUUUUUUUUUUUUUUU